UGUAUCUAGUACAUUGCAAUGUAUUCACUACCUAAUUACCGCCUCUCAGGAAUUUCCCCAAUGCAGUUAUGAUUGCUGAAACGGCGUCCCCUCAGCAAGCCACGAUGACAUCUCUUCAACAGGGGCAAACCCACCCCCACCUUGUCGCCACCUACAACGUUGUAUGCCCGUCAGCCGGUGGCUGAGAGUCGAGUGGGCUCAGCUCGUAUUUUUCCUUCCAUUCCUCAUCUUCGGCGUUUCGCGUUUGACGCACGAGGAGGUUAUUAGCUUCUCAACGGCGCCGAUCACCAGGCGCUUGGGUUAUGUCGAUCACGCCCCCUUCACGGGUUUAGUUGCAAGACAACUAAGCCCGACGGCCUUUGGGAUGAGUAAUCUAUUAGCGAUGACAGGGUAGGAAAUUAACGGCAAAUAUUCCUUAAAGGCGUCUAGUGAGGCAUGCCAUGAUGGCUUUGGCGCUGUCGGAGCCAGCCGCCUCCGGACGGGUGGCGAACAUAGACGUUGCCGGGGCCGCCGUUCGUUUGAGGACACCGAAAUAAGUAACUUAAGUGAGAGUUCAUCAUCAUUCGGAAACAAGACGCGGAUCCUCUAAUCUAUGUACAUCAAGACCCGCCUCAUCCCCAA